AUGGACAGCAGCGUUGUCGCCGACUCGGCGGCCAACUCUGGACUUACCAUUACUCUCCACCCACUGGCGAUCCUCAACAUCAGCGACCACUACACUCGCGUCAAGUGUACUGGGUCGUCCGCCAAGACCCUCGGCGCGAUUCUGGGCACGCAGAAUGGGCGGGAAGUGUCGAUGCAGAACUCAUUCGAGCUCACCCUCGACGAGGGCGACAGCACCAAGUUUGAUGCCGCAUUUCUGGCGACGCGUCGCGAGCUUUUCAGCCAAACGUUUCCGACGCUCAGCUUGGUGGGAUGGUAUACGAUAGGAGCUGCGCCGACGAACUCUGACGUCGCCAUUCAUGAGCAGUUCCUCAGCGCAAAUGAGGCGGGCCCAUCCUUCUUCGUCCUCUUCAACCCUGGCAUCCCGGAUGGUGCUAAGACCCUCCCUUUCAUGGUGUACGAGGCCGCGCUUGAGGGCGAGAGCAGCGCCGGCAAGUUUGUGCGCCUCGAGUGCGGAAUCGAGACGGGCGAGGCCGAGCGAAUCGCUGUAGACGGCGUAACGAAGGACGGCUCCGGCGAGGCGGAUCAGUCUGGCGAAGUUGCCAGCCUUACGAUGCAGCGCAACGCCAUUGCCAUGCUGUACGACCGUGCGCUUGUGCUCCUCAAAUACGUGUCGGGCGUCGUUGAUGGCACAGCCAAGCCAGACCAUGACAUCCUGCGGCAAAUUUCGGCGCUGGUCGCCACGCUGCCUGUCAUGGACGUGAAUGAGCUGCAUGAAGAGCUUGAGACUGAGUACAACGACGUGCAGCUCACCACGUACCUCACCACACUUCUUCAACAGCUUGAGGCAUUCGCCGACGUGAGACUCGCUCCUGACUACAGCUGA